AAAAGAAAACUGACUUUGGUUCUCCAUCUACAAACUUUGCAAAGGCCGGCCUGACGGCGGGAAGCUGCCCAGAGAGAGAGAGAGAGAGAGAGAUGAAAUUCUGCGUCAAGGCAUGGAGCAAGGGCGGAGGCCGGGCGGGCGUAAUGCAGGUGGGAGGCUGUGCGAUUGAAACUCCAGCUCUCCUACUGACUACCCGCAAGGGCCUGCCCAACUUCAUCCCUCCCGACCUUCUCUCUUCUCUUCCUGACCCCGACUCUCGCCUCCUCCAAUUCAGUCCUCUUCACUUUUCAGAAGGUAUCUCGCUGAAAACGAUAUCCGAAUUGGGGGGGCUGCACCAAAUGCUUGGUUUGAAAGAACACGUGUUUGCUGCUGUCCCUCGGGAUUCCAUUAUAUCACUGCCGGAGUAUCAGAGCGCUAACAAGAUGGGAGCUUCUUUUGAGACUCCUUGUGGGCGCCUCCUGAUAAAACCAGCACAGUACAUGGAAAUGAUAUCUUCCAUGAAGCCCAACAUGUGGGCCACGCUGGCAGACGAAGUUCCAGCAUGGGUUUCUGAGAAGAGGAACAGAGCAUCGGUUGAUCGUACUGUCCGAUGGCUUGAUGAGUGCAUAACGUCAAAUGUUGUUACCAAUACAGGUGGAGCUGUAUUUGGAUCCAUUGUAGGAGGCUCUAAGAUUGAGGAGCGGAAACGCUGUGCACAGGAAGUUGCUAAGCGAAAUGUGUCAGGUUUCUGUAUUGGUGGCUUUGGCCUUGGAGAGAGUAUGGACGAACGCCCUGCUCUUCUCAACGCUAUUACUGAAAGUUUACCAGAGGAAAAGCCACGCCAAAUAUGUGGUCUUGGACUUCCAGAGGAAGUCUUGCAAGGUGUUGCUGCCGGCGUUGACCUAUUUGACUCCACAUAUAUUUACCAUCUCACACUAGGAGGCUUCGCACUUACAUUUCCUUUGGAUGAUAUUACAAAAUGUUGUUCUGGUGAUCAACUAUGUGAUGAUGGUACAGAUGGCACAAAGAUCAAUUUAAAAGCAACUGUUUACAGGAAAGACACAUCGCCAAUUAAAGAGGGAUGCAAGUGCUACACAUGUCAGAAUCACACAAAGGCGUACAUAAACCACUUGUUUAACGUACACGAGAUGUUGGCACAGAUUCUAUUAGAAAUUCAUAACACUCACCACUAUCUGGGAUUCUUCCAUGUGGUAAGAGAAACAAUAAAGAGAGGAACAUUUCAGGAAUUUCGCCAAAAUUUUGUAGAAAGUAGGCGUGACCAUAUAUUUGCUGUUGCUUUGGGUGCAUGAUUUUCACUGUUUGGAUGCUGCUAAUGCCUCCUUCCCUCCUGACAAAAGGAGGAUAAAAGGCAUAUGGAUUGACUGCUCAGUUGUUGUAAUGUUGCACCAAGACAGUCUGCUGCCAAAUGAAUGAUAAGUUGUAGUAGACAAGUCAUGAUUAGUUUGUCAGAGACUAGUAGUUGUAAUUUAUUCCAACCUGAUUUCAUUUUUGGAUUGUACUAAGAAUCAAUUCUCUUUAGCCAUUUAACUUUGUCAAAAUGACAAAAGAGGUUGUAUCUCCCGUGAUUAUGUCAAAAACAAGUCUUGCAACACUUACUUGGCAAGAAUUUUGAUAUGUUAUCUUAUUGCUUCAUAACUUUUA